UGUACUUUCGGAUACCAAUUUCCAGGAGGGUUUCGGAACUUGGAUUGUAAACUCCACUGACAAACUAUCAUACGAAACAGAAAGGGCGAUCAGUGAUCGAAUAUAUACGAUUUCAAUCAUGAAACUUUAAACGGAGCCCUUUAUCUACACGAGAUUUCAAAUUGAAAUUACAAACAUCCGGAUGGAUUCUAAGAUCUACACGAACGACGCGGUGUCACCGUGUAACCGGUGUCAAAGGAAAAUGACGCUUGUGAGAAAUUUCCCCUUUGGACAUGACAUUCCGAAUGAACCGCAAGGAAACAAGAUCACUGACGUUGUUGUCUUAGACGAUGACGUCAUACUAGUAGCCGAUUCGUCGACCCGUGUCAUAAAAGCGUUCAGCUUGCAUGGGGACUAUAUUUCCUCCUCGGAAAGGUUUGACGCCGAGGGAAUGUUUGGUCCAGACAUUGCAGACGAGAACGUAGAAGAAUUUUUCGGACUAAUGACAGCAAUCGACAAAAGUAAUUUUGCAGUCGCCGUACCUGGAGCGAAAGGGUUUGCGAUUUUGAUGCUGACACCCGAAAAAAUGUUCGUUGUUCGCAAAGCUGUACGAAAUACGUUCCACAGAUAUUGGGGCGUACACCGUUACCAUGGUAACAGAUACCUCUGCAGUACAGACAGGUUGUUCGACGUCAUGACCACCGAUCUCGAACCAAUCGGACGACUCACGUCGGAAUUCGAUUUUCGGAAACUUUCGUGCAUUGCCGUAUCGGAAAACGGAAACGUAGUUGUUGCCGACCAAGAAAAACAAUGCAUCGUGGUAGUCGGAAAGACCGGAUAUUUACUUAGACAGGUGCAUCUUGGGAUACCUGGUUUGCGAGGGAUAGCUUUGGACGGAGACAAUAUUUUUUACCUUUCUUCAGAAAACACGGACCUCUCUUAUUUUUCGCUGAAAACGGGAACGAUACACGUGGUUUCCGCGAAAUCUAACCCGGAAAAGCUCGACAAUCCCAUUGCCAUUCGUUACCUGGGUAACGGUGACGUCAUUAUUGCCGAGGAAGGCGGGAACAUUAAAAUAUACCACCUUGAUAACUACAGCCCAGCGGUCUCGUGGUUUAAGUGGCGAGAUAUCCGCCGUUUUUGUUGGAAGUCGUUACCAUGGAGACAGAUUACAGAAGUGAUCGGGUUUCAAGGCAUGAUGGAACUUCUACUGCUGCCUGUUUCAAACAAUGGAAAAUGUCAAUGAUUGAUAAAAUGCAGGAAAGGAUAGAAAAACAAACAACAAUAAUACCCCCCCCCAAAAAAAAACAAAAAAACAAACAAACAAACAAAAAAACAACAACAACAAAACAACACAACAAAAAACACGUAUGUCUCACUGUCUCUUCUUUCCAUUUAUGUAAAUAAAUAAAAUACACUUGUUUUAA